AUGGCUGUAUCAUCGCUGCGUUCUUUCGAGUACCUGGAAGGCCUGCCAGGGACUACUUUCAACAGGCUCUAUAAGCAGCCUUCCACAGCACUGGCAGUAUUCAGGCGCAUGUUGAAUCACCUUGCCAAGAGCUUUGUAAUGGCCCUACUCUACGCUAGCCGACCUAUGCCAGUGACAGAUUUGGAGGCUUGGGUUCGAUCAGAUGGCAAGCGUGAAAGGGAACAUGCGCUCGACCUCCUCCAGCGGCUUCACAUAUUGGUCGGCCGAGCAGAACCUGGAAAGCAGCGGGCCUAUCAUUUGACUGAUCCAUUUGCCUCUUCUUUGCGGCUGGCACUUACUGGAGGAGGACAUCACAAUUCGUUUGGAGUGCCAUGCUACGUUGAUAUUGAUGAGCGUGAAUCGAUAGAGGAUCUCGACGAGACUGCGAGACGGCAAUGGGAAGGCGUCCUCGGCUACAUGGUUGGUACUACAGGUAUUGGGCUCGAUCCAUCCGGAGUGCAACUGAGCCAGGGUGUCAAGACGCUCCUGGAGAUUGGGAAAUUGGUCGAAGUUCGUGGUAGGAAAGUAGAGAUCACACAGGAUGGAUUUGCUUUCAUUCUGCAGGAAGUGAACGCUCAGGUUUGGACAAUACUCAUUUUGUACCUCCAAAACGCUGAAGCUGUACGUUCUACCCAGCGACCACACAUUCCAUGGCAAAAUUAUACUCGUGCUGAUGUUUGGAAGCUCAACAUGGACGAAGUUGAUAUAUUAUCUUUCCUCUUCAUGCUUGGCUCCCUCGAACUAGGUCUUGCCUACUCCAAAGCCAAUCUCACAGACACCCAGAUACAGAUGUUACAAGACCUCAGUGACUACGGUAUCGUUUUCCAGCCCGACGGCGGAGAUAUUUUCUAUCCUACACGCCUCGCGACCACUUUGACCUCAGACACAAGCGGCUUGCGAUCAUCCUCCCUAGGCACGAGUUCUGACCGAAAUCGCGGAUUUAUCGUUGCAGAGACCAAUUACAGAAUCUACGCGUACACCUCCUCCAAUUUACAGAUCGCCAUAUUGUCUCUUUUUAGCCGCCUCAUUACUCGCUACCCAAACAUGAUCGCAGGCAAGAUUACCCGGGAAUCAGUCCGAAACGCAAUUGGUAUGGGGAUCACAAGCGACCAAAUCAUAUCUUACUUGACCACACAUGCACACCCACAAAUGCUCACGAAAAGCUCUACGAUUCUUCCACCUACCGUUGUGGACCAGAUAAGGCUUUGGCAGCUGGAAGGUGAUAGGAUGAAAGCAACGGUUGGCUUUCUGUUCAAAGACUUCAACUCGCAGCCAGAAUAUGAAGCACCAUGCAAAUACGCAGAGGAAAUUGGAGUUCUGGUGUGGAAGCAAGAUCGAGAACGGAGAUUUUUCGUCACCAGAGUUGAGCAGGUUGCUGCGUAUUUGAAGGGGAAAAGUGGGAGAGGUAAUUGA